CUGUUUCUUGGUUUGUACAAAAAAUGUUAUGGCCAGUGAAUCAGAUGGUAUUUUCGAAGUCAAUGUCACAGGUACAGUUCAUCUUCAUCCCACCCAACCAACUAAUAAAUGAGAUUUGGCUCUCAAAUCUUGGACAUUGAUUUCAUCACACAAAACUUAACUCAUAACCAAACAUGUCUUCAUCAGAAACCACAAAAGAUGAACAAAUUCACCCACAAUCCUACUUUAGAUGGACCAAACAAGACUUCUUCCCAGAGGAAUCAUUCCAAAACUGGAGGAACUACCGGCAUGCUUUGUCCCACAUCCCCUUGCGCUUCAAAGAUCGUCUACUCGCGCGCUCUCAAGAUUCCGACGAGACCGAGAAGCUCAGGAAGCAGAGUGAGAAUGACAUGAAGCGUUGUCUCACUUGGUGGGACUUGAUGUGGUUCGGAUUUGGAGCUGUUAUUGGGGCCGGAAUAUUCGUUCUUACGGGCCAACAGGCCCAUGAGAACGCCGGCCCAGCUAUUGUUUUGUCUUAUGUGGCAUCCGGUUUCUCCGCGAUGCUUUCCGUGUUUUGUUACACGGAGUUCGCGGUGGAAAUUCCAGUUGCCGGAGGUUCAUUUGCGUACCUCCGGGUGGAAUUGGGGGACUUCGCGGCGUUUGUCACUGCUGGGAACAUUCUUCUUGAAUGUGUUUUGGGCAGCGCCGCGGUUGCCCGGGCGUGGACGUCGUACUUCGCCUCUCUAAUAAACCGUGAACCGGAUUCGUUGCGAAUACAUACCGGUCUCGCAGAUGGGUAUAAUCUUUUAGAUCCGAUUGCGGUGAUAGUGUUAGCAAUUGCGGCCACUAUCGCCAUGAGUAGCACGCGUAACACUUCGGUUCUAAAUUGGAUUGCGUCUGCGGUCAACACCCUCGUGAUUCUGUUCGUGAUCGUCGCGGGGUUUUUAAACGCGGACACUUCGAACAUGAAGCCCUUCGCGCCUCACGGUGUCGAAGGUGUGUUCCAAGCCGCUGCCAUAGUGUAUUUUGCGUACGGAGGGUUUGACACCAUCGCAACGAUGGCGGAAGAAACAAAGAACCCGUCUCGAGACAUACCGUUAGGCCUACUUGGGUCGAUGUCGAUCAUUACAAUAAUUUAUUGCCUCAUGGCGCUUUCGCUAACCAUGAUGCAAAAAUACACUGACAUCGACCCAAAUGCAGCUUAUUCGGUUGCGUUCGAGAGAGUUGGGAUGAAAUGGGCUAAGUAUUUAGUGGCUCUAGGGGCACUUAAGGGUAUGACCACGGUCCUACUGGUUGGUGCGCUUGGUCAAGCUCGAUAUAUAACUCAUAUUGCUAGAGCCCAUAUGAUCCCCCCAUGGUUUGCUUUAGUCCAUCCAAAAACAAAAACUCCAAUAAACGCGACGUUACUAAUGACUAUUUCUAGCGCGUGUAUCACUUUCUUUUCAAGUUUGGACAUUUUAGCCAAAUUACUAUCUCUAAGCACGCUUUUUGUGUUCAUGAUGAUGGCGGUUGCACUCCUUGUGAGACGGUAUUAUGUAAGUGGGGUCACCCCACGAACAAGCCUCUUGAAACUAGUAGGGUUUUUGUUGAUCAUAAUCUCGUCAUCGAUUGGGAUUUCGGCUUGUUGGGGGUUAGACCCGAGUGGUUGGGUAGGUUAUGCGGUGACCGUCCCCUUAUGGUUCCUUGGUACACUUGGGAUUUCAAUGCUUUUGCCGCAACAACGCACCCCGAAAGUGUGGGGGGUGCCAUUGGUCCCCUGGCUUCCUUCACUUUCGAUAGCAACAAAUUUGUUUCUCAUGGGUUCGUUGGGUUAUAUGGCUUUUGUUCGGUUUGGAAUCUGUACCGUAAUUAUGUUAGUUUACUAUGUAUUUUUUGGUCUUCAUGCCACUUAUGACAUGGCUCAUCAGCAAACUCAAGUGUAAUUUAUAAACUUGAUGAAAUGGAUGGAUGUAUAAUUGUAAUAAUGGAAUGUAAUUCUUCUGGUUAUCGAUCAAUGAAUUAGCUAUUU